UCCAAACCGCUUUGCAGCCUGCAGGCUCCUGAAGGAUUCGGGCCCGCAAAAAGAAAGCGCGGGGCAGGGUGCGGCCUACUCGAGGCGGAGGGAGCCCCCUCCUUCCCCUCCCCCGGCAGGGCCUACUGGCGGCGUCCUCCCGCCUCAGCCCACACCGCCCCCGAGCUCCGCCGUUGCUGCUGCUGCUGCUCCCGCCGACGACGACGGCUCACCUUCCCCCCCUCUCCGCUCCUCAGCCGGCCGGGCGUCCAAGUUGCCCGCCUGACGCGCUCGGACGGGAAACCCAGACCAGGCCGAGCCUCCAAACAACGCCUCUCGCGGCUUCCCGGCGCCGGAGCGAAACCUCGCGGGCCGCCUCAGAGCUCCGCGGCCUCCCCCGCCGCUUCCGGCAUCGGGCUGCAAAGCAAAGGAAGGGGGCGACUUGCCGGGAAGGUCCGAGCGCGCGUCGGCAAUAUGGCAGCGGCGUCCACACGGGCUCAGGUGUUGGGGCUCUACCGGGCCCUGCUAAGGGAGAGCGAGAAGUUCACCUCCUACGGAUUCAGGACAUAUGCCAUCCGAAGGAUAAGAGAUGCCUUCAGAGAAAACAAAAACCUGAAGAAUUCAGCAGAAAUUGAAACCCUAGUGAACAAUGCAAAAACAAAUCUGGAAAUGAUACACCGACAGGUCACCAUUGGACAGCUCUAUUCAGCACCGAAGCUUGUGAUUGAGUGACCAGGAAAACUUUGACCCAAAGGUUCCAUUCUCCUGUAGCAGUGCUGGACCAGCCUCAGUAUUCUGCAAUACGCACAGAUUUUUAUUUAAACAUAUUAUGUUCUCGAUGCAUGUUUGAGCUGCCUUGCCUAACUAAAACUCUGAACUCAUUGCUGAAUCUUAACCUCAGGGGUCUAGAAUUUCUUUUAAUUGUUCAUGUGCCCUCAAUAGACCACCAAGACGAAUGUGUAUAAAUUAUGUUCAUAAGAAUCACUGCUUGCUGUUGUCUUCGUACACACUCACAUUGUUGGCUUUCUCAACAAUAAAAUCCCACAGUCCAAGUCUAUCAUCUUGCUUGCUUGCUUCUGAAAUGGUUC